AUGCGGAGAGCCGCGGGGAUGGAAGACUUUCCCGCAGAGGAGGAGCCCUGGUAUGACCCGCAGGACCUGGAGCAGGACUUACACCUGGCUGCAGAGCUGGGGAAGACCCUGCUGGAGAGGAACAAGGAGCUGGAGGAAUCUCUGCAGCAGAUGUACGCCACCAACGAAGAGCAGGUGCAGGAGAUUGAGUACCUGACCAAGCAGCUGGAUACACUGAGGCACGUCAACGAACAGCACGCCAAAGUGUAUGAGCAGCUGGAUGUCACUGCGCGGGACCUGGAGCUGAACAACCAGAAGCUGGUGGUGGAGAGUAAGGCUGCCCAGCAGAAGAUCCACGGGCUGACGGAGACCAUCGAGCGCCUGCAGGCCCAGGUGGAGGAGCUGCAGGCUCAGGUGGAGGAGCUGCAGGCCCAGGUGGAGCAGCUGCGGGACCUGGAGCAGCUGCGGGUACGCCAGGAGAAGCGGGAGCGCAGGCGUACCAUCCACACCUUCCCCUGCUUCAAGGAGCUCUGCACCAGUCCCAGGUGUGAAGAUGCCAUCCGCCUGCACAGCUCCUCCCUGGAGCUAGGCCCGCGGCCCCUGGAGCAGGAGAACAAGCAGCUGCAGACCUUGGUCGGGGUGCUGCGGUCGCAGGUGAGCCAGGAACGGCAGCGCAAGGAGCGGGCGGAGCGCGAGUACACGGCCGUUCUGCACGAGUAUGCAGAGCUCGAGCGGCAGCUGGGCGACAUGGAGAGCUGCCGCCUGCGCGUGCAGGAGCUGGAGGCCGAGCUGCUGGAGCUGCAGCAGAUGAAGCAAGCCAAGACCUACCUGCUGGGCCGGGAGGACCACCUGGCCGAGGCCCUGCUCGCACCCCUCACCCAGGCCCCUGAGGCGGACGACCCUCAGCUGGGCAGCGAGGACGACUCGGGCAUCCAGGAUGGUGUCUCGUCGUCACCACCGACGCCAGGUCACGCCGUGCGCAAGAGCUGCAGUGACACGGCACUCAACGCCAUUGUGGCCAAAGACCCAGCCAGCCGGCACGUGGGCAACCUGACGCUGCACGCCCACAGCGUGCGUAAACGCGGCAUGUCCAUCCUGCGCGAGGUGGACGAGCAGUACCACGCUCUCCUGGAGAAGUACGAGGAGCUGCUGAGCAAGUGCCGGCAGCACGGGGCUGGGGUGCGGCAUACCGGCGUGCAGACCUCGCGACCCAUCUCCCGGGACAGCUCGUGGAGGGACCUGCUCGGGAGUGAGGAGGGCCUUGGGGAGGCCAAGGCCGGCGAGAAGAGCCUGAGCCAGCACGUGGAGGCAGUGGACAAGCGGCUGGAGCAGAGCCAACCUGAGUACAAGGCGCUUUUCAAGGAGAUCUUCUCCAGGAUCCAGAAAACCAAGGCGGACAUCAAUGCCACCAAACUCAAGACUCAGAGCACCAAGUGACCCUCCCUCCUCCUUCCCCACCCCCACUAUGGGCCUCCUGCUGCCUCCAGAA